AUGAAAAGCACGCCUCUUAUCAUCAACUGGCACGACCAGACUGCCCCCAUAUAUUCAUCUCAUUUCGAACCCACUGGAAAGGGGCGUUUGGCCACAGCUGGUGGUGAUAACAAUGUCCGCAUAUGGAAGAUUGUAACAGACGGAGAUGACCGCAAGGUCGAGUAUCUGUCUAGUCUUCAGAAGCACACGCAAGCAGUAAAUGUUGUCCGCUGGGCACCAAAAGACCCCCGUGCUGACCUAGCUGAGCUUCCAGGUGAUCUGCUGGCCUCCGCCGGCGACGACGGAAACAUCAUACUGUGGAUACCAGCUGAGAAUCACUUACCAGCAUCUUUUGGAUCUGAAGGUCUGGAGGACAAGGAGACAUGGCGCACCAAAAAUAUGUGCCGAUCCUCGGGCGCCGAGAUUUAUGAUCUCGCUUGGUCUCCCGACAGCCAGUAUUUUAUUAUUGGGAGCAUGGACAACGUCGCUCGUAUAUACAGUGCUGCGACAGGUGCGCUGGUCCGGCAGAUUGCCGAGCAUAGCCACUACGUCCAGGGCGUGGCAUGGGAUCCUUUGGACGAGUUUAUAGCCACGCAGUCGUCAGAUCGCUCGGUUCACAUAUACGCUUUGAGGACAAAAGAUGGCAAAUACACACUGAGCGGUCACGAGGAUAAGCCGCAAAAGAUUGCCGGGCACAUGAAGACAGAUUUGCCACCAAGAAGAAUAUCUUCUCACAGUCCGGCGCCCCCGGAGUUCGGACACCGGUCCCAGGCCUCAGCUCUCGACUCGGUGACUGCCUCGUCACCUGCGCCCUCUGCACCUGGAACACCAACCUCCAUGGCCCUGCCAAUGAACCCGCCCAGCGUGAUCAGUCACAGUAGGAGGUCGUCUUUUUCGUCGAGACGCUCCGUAUCGCCCGCCCCUUCAAUGCCUUUGCCGGCAGUAAUGCCCAUGGAGCCAUCACCAAAACCUCAUCCCAGCGCUAGUCUUGGCAUGAAGAAUGCCAGUCUCUACCACAACGAAACACUCACGUCUUUUUUCAGGAGACUUACUUUUACCCCCGAUGGCAGCCUUCUCAUCACACCCGCGGGUCAGUAUCAAACACAGCACCAAGUAGAAGGGGCCAAGCCAACGUAUGAAGUAACAAACACUGUCUUCAUCUACUCGCGCGGUGGAAUCAAUAAGCCGCCCAUAUGUCAUCUUCCAGGGCAUAAAAAACCAUCUGUCGUCGUGAGGUGUUCGCCAAUCAUAUACACUUUGAGGCAAUCACCGCCUGCGACUAGGCAUAUCACCAUUGAUACUUCAUCAGCCGAAGAGCCUAUUCCUUCCCUUCCCGAACCAGUCUCAAAGCCGUCUCCGGCAACUUCCGUCAUGGAUCCCCCACCGCCGCCAGGUGGUGAAGCGGCAGGCGUAGCCGGUAAACCACUGAAUCCCGAGGCCUCGUCAGCCAGCCCUGGCCCGAAGCCCGCCUUCGCCCUGCCGUACAGAAUGGUAUACGCAGUUGCGACCCAGGAUUCGGUUCUGCUCUAUGACACACAACAAAUGACCCCCAUAUGUAUAGUCAGCAAUCUGCAUUGUGCAACUUUCACUGAUCUUGCCUGGUCCAAGGAUGGUCAAACGCUCCUGAUAUCAUCUUCUGAUGGUUUCUGCUCGACCUUGUCAUUUUCGCCUUCGGACCUCGGCCAGGUCUACACUGGGGAGCUGCCACCAAGACAAAGUGUCACUCCCACAACAAGCCAAAACACCCCGGCUCCUACACCCACCACCGUACCUGCGCCUCCUUCACCAUUUCAUGCAUCACAGUCGCAUCACCGGACAGCUUCGAGCUCGUUUGCCGCGCCGUCUCCACCAGCAUUCGCAGCCGCGGGACAGCGACCCUCUUCCCCGGCACGUUCCAACUCGACGUGUUCUGUUGUUACUCAGGGGUCGGGGAUACUGAAUGCACCCACACUGAUCGGGGGAACUGUGCCGGGCAUAGCCGCGACAAACUCUGGCAAGGUAACCGGUGUGCCCAUUACGACGCCUCCCGAGACACCACGCAGUUCUGUGGCGAACCCAAGUACUGUCGUUGCCUCCGGCGUCAAGCGAGAGAUCAGUGAAAGCGACAAGGAAGAGGCUAGUCAAGAGCCAAAGAAGAGACGCAUAGCACCAACGCCUGUUGGUGAUACGCAUGAUUCGCUGGCUUGA